AUGACUGUUGGCUGCAGCCCGAGUGGCGCUCACAAGCUCGCAGGUGGCUAUGCGCGCAGCGGACAUUCAAAUGAUGCAGGCGCCCCUAUCCCGACUGCGGCCAAGCAGCAGCAGCAGCAGCAGCAGCAGCAGCAGCAGCGCGGCGCUAGCAGCGUUGAGGUGUACGGAUUUGUUGGCUGGAUCACGUCAGGCGUGGCGUUUG